UACUGUUAUCUGGAUGUACUGUCAUGUAAUUCUCCGGAUCAGGGGAACCCCAUAGGAGGGCAGCCCAUCGCAUCAGUAAUGUUACCGUCACAUUCUUACGGGCUGAUUUUCCCCAUGCGGUUCCGGCAAAUAAUGGCGUCACUCAUUAUUCUCCUUCACUCUCCACCACAGCAAAUUGAUAUCUUUCCUCUACUCCCAUAUCCUUAGCUUUACUAUCAUCCAGACUGUCAAUGUAUGCUCUUCCUUGAGGUACACCCUCAACAGCGCCAUGGAAACGGCACCGCUUACCUUGGCUCAUACCCAUGCUCGAAAUGCAGUGCUGGAAACUCGCAAGUCGAAUCCGGUAGCAGCUAGUGAGGAACAUGAUCUAGCUGCUGGCGAGUUUGCAACAGCCAGUCAAAGUAGUGCUGACCGUGAAGCCUUACGGACGUUGCAGUUGCUUGAGGGCCACCACAAGAAACUCGCCCAGAUUCUUCGUUUUCAACAUGAGAAUCCUCCCAGCGCCGUUGUGGCCGAGACAUCCUCCCCCGCUAUGUCUCCCAGCCUGAAUUCCCAACCGUCGACCGCAGAGUUGGGAGCCACGAAAGCGGCGCCAUCGACCCCGGAUGCUCAGCAGCUGCCUCCAAGGCUCUCUGGGAAUAGUCGCAUGCCAGCAAGAGAGACCUCGUCUAUCGCCAGUAAUUUAGCUUCAAUGCGAGGCAUUCCAUCCAACCUCCGACGUGCUUCACCGGCGUCGCCCACUCUUUCCUCCCAGCAGGCGGGAGCGAAGAUGACAGAUACCGCUCCCAAAAUUAAGGCUGGCGAAUCCAGGCUACGUGGCACACAAGCAUAUGGACAAAAGGAGCGUUCAAGUCGCACGUCUACACCGAAGCAGCCAUGGUCUCCUCCAGCCAUCAGCCCUACCGAUAUUACCUCACAGCAACUUGUACCCCCAGAAACUCUGGAGUCUCAACGACAGGAAGACAGAACAACAGACGAGCCAUUCCAACGAUUCUACUCCACCGUCGAGGGUCUUAUUUCCAAAAUAUCAGCACCUUUGGCGUUCGCAGGCCUCCCUCUAGGAUCAGAGACACCCGCACAGCAGGAUACUUCUAGUCGCCGUAAGUCUUCCGCAGAGACGAGAAUAAACAGAAACCAAGCGAUCUCAGAUAGUCGUGACCCGACUAAUGAGCCAGAUGUCAGUCGACUCUUUUCCCGGGCUGCGUUGCGGGCCAUUCGCGAUACCACCGGGGGAGGAGGAACAGGAAAUACGGCUGAGUCAUUUUACGUUGUUCCCACGACCGGAGGAACCGUUUCCUAUGCUGGAAUUCUGUCCAGGGCUGAGAAAGAAGCGCGGAGAAACAGCCUUGAAGAAGCGGAUGAAGACUUCGUGGACGCCCGGGAAACUCCAUCAUCGCCGGAAAUGCGCCAGAGUCAGACUAGAUCCAAGGGCAAAAAGGGUCAAGGGAAUGAUAAAUUCAGCAGCAUCCAGAAUCCGAAAACACUCGAAGAGUUGCAAAUGGAAAACCAGGCCUUGAAGCAUCUGUCCGACACCCUGUCCAAGCGGCUGCAUAUGUGGGAAGUAAACGCUCAAUCCUCAUCCAUUGCGCUGCAACAGUCCUUGAAAGCGAUGCAUCAUCAAAACAACGUACCCUCUGAUCAACCCCCUCGGUCUUCCUCCCCUGCUGUCGUGUCGCCUGGUCCAGGCGUCUCCGCGAUAACAUCGGCUGAUCAUGAACAACGCAUCAAGGAACUCGAAGAAAUAGUCCGACUCAACGAGAGGGAACUCGACAAGGUCGGCCGCGAAAACGAUAAAUUAAGAAAUGUCCUAGGCCGAUAUAGAGAACGGUGGGAGAAACUGAAAGAGGGCGCCAAAACCAGACGAGCUGAGGGAAAGGCAGGAGGGGACACUGACAAUCCCGGCAACAGAGCAGCCGCUGGCUCUGCCGUUCAAGGGAUUGAUAAUCCCCCAGAUACUCCAACUCUGGCUGACGAUAUGACGGAGAAUGGAAUGCUUGCUGAGACCGAAGUUAAAGCCAAUGUAUCUGAUAGCUGAAAUCGCACGUUAUGUCCAUGAGAACACGCUUUAUGUGCAUACAAUACAUACAUUACCUAAAUCACAAA